AUGAAAAUUCUUAAAUCAUUCACUGUUUUAUUCACCAUCGUUGCUGUGGUAUCCAAUUUGUAUAUUUUUACCUACCCAUCUUUUAAUUCAACUCAAUGCUCUUGGAGAGGGCAAAUAGAUGGUAACGAUGUCAGAAUUGAACAAGAAAUGGAUAUUGUUCAAAUAUUAACCCUUCAUAUUAAAAGUUAUCUCUCAGAUCUUUUUAAUUUAAAUGAAAAGAAGAAUUCUGCUUCUGAGUCAAAAGAAGUUCAUAUGUUGGCCUUUGGUGACCCACAGAUUAGAGGACCAUGGAAGAAAACUAACUUUUUAAAAAGAUUAGACAUAUAUGGAAAUGACUAUUAUUUAGGUCAUAUUGUAUCUAAAAUGGUAGGUCGGUUAAAACCAGAGUUUGUCACUGUAGUUGGUGACCUUUUUUCCUCUCAGUGGAUCAAUGACUCGGAAUUUUAUAGAAGAACAGUGAGAUAUGCAACUAAUAUAUUUAACAGAGAUAUAAAUUCAAUAACCGAAAUCAGGAAGAAUAAUUUGGAUGAGAAUGGAGACUAUAAAUGUAACUGGGAAUCAUGGGGACAAGAAUAUCAUAGAAAAUUGGAAUCCAAUUUAACAAUCGAUGAUUAUAGAUAUGAAAAUGUAUAUACAUGGGACAAGACCAAAGACAACUAUUUAUUUAUCAAUCUGACUGGGAAUCAUGAUAUUGGUUAUUCCGGAGAUACAACAUAUCAGCACCUUGCUCGAUUCGCUACAUUUUUUGGCAAAGAUAACUAUUGGAUUGAAUAUGAGACGGAAACAGACCAUCCAUGGAGGAUAGUGGUACUAAAUUCGAUGUUACUGGAGGGACCAGCAUUACAACCUGACUUUGUCAAGAGUAGUUGGAAAUUUCUAAACCUAUUAUCUUCAAGCAACUUCAACGGUAGCACUGUAUUACUGACACAUAUUCCUAUGUAUAAGGAACAAGGAAUAUGCCACGAUGGGCCUGAAUUCAAAUACUACCCCAAGAAAUACAAAAGAGAGCCAUACAAAGCCAAGUUAUUACGUUCUCAAAAUCAUUUGAGCUAUAAUGUCACACAGAGUGUUCUUAAUUCGAUAUUUAAUAAUGAUAAACCGGGCAUUAUACUAACAGGACACGAUCACGAGGGAUGCAAAACCACUUAUAACAAAGUAGUCACACCAGAUGGAAUUUAUUGGGAACCUGUAAAUAGUAGCGAUGUCCUUGAUCAUCACAUUCAAGAAAUCACAGUUCGUUCAAUGAUGGGUUAUUUUGGUGGGAAUACAGGAAUCCUAACUGGAUUAUUUAAUGACAUGACAAGUCAAUGGGAAUGGCACUUUUCACUGUGUCCAUUCGCCUCUGAGCACAUCUGGUGGGUUGCAAACGUAUCAAUCGCACUAUCCAUCAUACUUUGGACAUCGAUGCUAAUCUGA